GUUUCUUUAUUAUUUCAGAUUAAUGGAUGACUUUGGCACAAAAUAACUUUUUUAACAUUGGAUACAUAUGGAAUAUUUAUAAUUUUUUUAAAGACUAAAAGAAAACGUUUGAGAGAACAGAUAUAAUAACCCAACUGCUAUAAAUCUAGACUGGAAUUACUGUGAAAUAUUUGCUCUGAGCGAAGAUUCAUAGCACCAUUUCUGCAUCUCAUUAUCUGGUGCUUUUGCAUUCUAAUUAAAGUUGAAUAUAUUUGCAAAGGAGUUUGCAGACUUUUAGAUAUCGAUAAAAUCACAGUUGAUAUCAGUAGAAAUAUUUCUAAGGAAUAAAUUAUAACAAGAAAGAAGAAAUUAUAUGCUGUGGUGAAAACUUCACAGGUUGGGUCUAUUUGUAUCCUCUAGAGAAAUGUCAAGAGAAUUAGGAAAAUCACAACAUUGGUGUGAAAUCUGUGGUAAAUCAUUCUCUACAAGUAGUAACUUGAUUAAUCACAUUCGUGUUCAUACAGGUGAGAAGCCAUUUCACUGUGUUACCUGUGGUAAAUCAUUCUCUCAAAACAGUGACUUAACUAAACACAAACGUAUUCAUACAGGAGAGAGACCCUAUCAUUGUGUUACCUGUGGUAAGGCAUUCACUGAGAAUAGUCACUUAAGCAGACACAAACGUUUUCAUACAGGAGAGAAACCAUACGACUGUGAUAUCUGUGGUAAGUCAUUCUCUAUAGUUAGUGACUUAACAACUCACAAACGUAUUCAUACAGGAGAGAAGCCAUAUCGCUGCGAUAUCUGUGGCAAAGCAUUCUCUCAAAACAGUGACUUAACUAUACACAAACGUAUUCACACAGGAGAGAGACCAUAUCACUGUGAUAUCUGUGGUAAAUCAUUCUCUGGAAUUAGUGACUUGACUAAACACCAACGUAUUCAUACAGGAGAAAAACCAUAUAGUUGUGAUAUCUGUGGUAAAUCGUUCUCUGACAACUCAAAUUUAACUAAACACAAACGUAUUCAUACAGGGGAGAUGCCUUAUAAUUGUGAUAUUUGUGGUAAAUCAUUCCAUCAGAGAAAUAAAUUAGCUAGACAUGCAUCUAUCCAUGUGAAAGUGUGAUUGUACCAUUGUCAAAAUUCAUUAGAACAUCCCACAGUCACCAAUAUUUUAAAACCGUUUCCCCUGCUAAAUCAUGGCUUAACUUUUGUGCCCUUUGCAGUAAAAACUGACCCCCUGACAGUAACCAUACUCAUACAAAAUACAAAAUAGCUGACAGUUAGCAAGGUGGGACACACAUAAGAAAGAAGAAAGCAAAGGACCACUGAUGAGGUCACAGAGUGUGACAAAAGAACUCUGGCCGAAAUAGGAUUAAUGUAAUAUAAAGCUGAAGCAAAUUAACACCAAAUAUAGUGCGUGUGAUUUUAUUGGCUAAACUGGCAAUAUGACCAUCCCCAAGUACAACAACAUCUGUUUCAACACACGAUUUCACAUCAAAAAUCUUGCAAAACAAAUAUAUAA